CUUUUUUAUUAUUAUUUCUUUUAUUGAAUAAUGUUACAAGAUAAAUAUGUUGGGCUUAUUUUGGCGAUAAGUUCCAGUGUAUUUAUUGGAAUUUCAUUUGUUAUCACGAAAAAAGGGCUUACAAGUUCUCAAAAACGCUAUGUAGAAGAAAGUUAUCAUUAUCUAAAGAACUGGAAAUGGUGGGCUGGCAUGAGCACAAUGGCAGUGGGAGAAAUCCUUAACUUUUCAGCAUAUUCAUUUGCACCAGCCAUCUUGGUAACUCCAUUGGGUGCUCUCAGUGUUAUUUUAGGAGCCAUAUUUGCUUCCAUCUUUUUAAAAGAGAAGCUAAAUGCCAUUGGUAAAGUGGGUUGUCUCUUGUCUGUUGUAGGUGUAUUUAUUGUCGUGUUACAUGCACCAGAGGAAAAACAAGUGCGCUCAAUUGAGGAAUUGUUGUUUUAUGCUUUGCAGCCAGGCUUUAUUGUGUAUUGUUUACUUGUGUUUGUUGUCACCCUAUGGAUGAUUUAUCAAGUAGUACCUAUCUAUGCCAAAAAGACGCCUUUUGUUUAUCUUUCGAUCUGCUCAUUGGUUGGAUCUAUCUCUGUCAUGUCCAUCAAAGCGUUCGGCAUUGCUCUAAAAUUAACAUUGGCAGGUAACAAUCAAUUCACACAUCCUUCUACCUAUGCAUUUGGCCUGACUGUGGUGAUUUGUAUUGUUGUCCAAAUGAAUUAUUUUAAUAAGGCAUUAGAGCAAUUCUCUACCAAUGUUGUCAAUCCCAUUUAUUUUGUAUGCUUUACAUCAGCCACACUUGUUGCUUCAGCCAUUUUGUUUCAUGGAUUCAAUACUGAUAACCCAGUCAAUGUAGCUUCUUUAUUGGCAGGCUUUGUGGUUAUUUUUAUAGGUGUUUAUUUACUUGAUUCUGCUGCAUUAACGACAGAACAUGAUCGAGACAGGAUAGAUGAAGAUGAACAAUUCUUGAUGGGAGAAGCUUCGUUGUUUGGCGAAGAGCAGGCAUUGUCUGGACUAAGGCAUGAUGGUUCUUCUUUUUCUCUUUCUGAAGACGACGAUAUUGAAUUAGUGACAAAAUCAAUUCAUGCUACUAGUUAGAGCAUACAUAAUACCCUUUCAAACCUGUAGCCAUGACUUAUAAUGAACAAGGAUGAUGCAUGGAUGCAAAAAAGCUCCUACAGAAACACAGAGCUUCGCUAUCCCAUGUGUCUUGACAAAUAAAAAUCAGUGAUGUCUGAAAUAGUAUUGGAAAUAAACUAUAGUCGUUCUACUCCCAAUGUG